CAGGAUGAGUCGGGCACGGCCCCCGCCCACGACGCUGCCCGCACCGGAUUCCUGGACACCCUGAGCGUCCUGGUGGAACACGGGGCAGAUGUGAACGUCCCGGACGCCUCCGGCUCCUUGCCCCUGCACGUGGCCAUCCGGGAAGGACACGCCGACAUCGUAGGCUUCCUGGCGCCUCGGUCCAACCUGCGCCACCGAGAUGCCGAGGGGCGGACGCCGCUGGAGCUGGUGCGACAUCUGGGGCUGACCGACCUCCAGGGCCUCCUUCAGUAGCACUUCUCCGGCCUCGCCU